CUGGGAAAUUUUUAGAAUAAGAUCAAAUUAAAAUUCUUUUUAUGGGAGUUCUUGAAUUUAUUCAACAAAAAUGGGAACCAAGAAAAUAAUACUACUAUUAUUUUUGGCCUUCUACUUUUCAUGUGGAUUUUAUCAAGCCAAUGUAUCUGAACAACUUAACAACAAACAUAAUGUUGAUGGAGAUACAAUUAUAACAAGUAACAACAACAAAUAUGGCCAUGCUGCAGAGUCUCAUGUUGUUGGUGGCAGAGGAAGUGGAGGGGAAGCAAAUGGCUAUGGCUCUCGAUCUCCAGGAUCGUCGAAUUUCAUACCAAUUUACGCUGCAAAUGCUCAUCACAAUCGCCAUCGCGGUGCUGCUAGUAGCCACAAAAGCCACAAUGUAUAUCUAGCCUUAUUCGCUACAAUGUUCUUCGCGUACCUUUGUACUUAAACAGUAAAAUGAAGUCGUUCUGGAUCCCUGACUCGUCUCAUUUUGAUAUAGGGCAUUAUGACUAUGUCUUUGAUCUACUUAGGUUACAAUUGUGUUUUUGUUGUUGUACAUGAAAAACAAGUUGAUAUGUGUAGUGUUUGUUUUGAUUAGGCUGGAGAUGCAUUAUUAGGAUGUGUAUUAUGUCUCUUUUAUUUUCCUCUUUUUUCUACUAAACUUUCCCUUGUAUAAGAUGUUGAAUUGUUAUACAUAAGUUUAUCAUCUUGUCUUUUAUCUA